UACUGCGGUGGGCUGGGAAGGGGGCUGUCACGUGAUCUCUGGACGCCGUCAGUUGGCGCAGAGAUGCUCCGUGUAGCGGGUCGCCUGGCCGCCGCGGUGUGCAGAGUCCGGACUGUCCAUGGCCUGCUGCACCGGCCGGUGUGUCUGUCUGUGUCCCCUCAGUCGGGGCUGGCGGAUGAGAAGCUGCACGUCCUAGUCCGGGGGCUCGGUCCUAGUGAUCCGGUGACGCUGCGGGCGCUGGUGGCGGACGAUCAGGGCUGCCUCUACGACUCGUGCGCCCACUACCAGGCUGAUAGCUCGGGCACGGUGGAUCUGCACCGGGAUGCCGCUGUGGGGGGUGACUACACGGGGGUGCUGCCCAUGGGCCUGCUCUGGAGCCUGUCCCCCUCUGUCAUGGAGAAGCCUUACCAUAGACUGGAGAAGAGGAGCGUGCACAAGUCCCCAGCGGUGGUGGAGGUGCUGGUGCACAAGGGGCACAGCGCCCCGAAGGUUCUGCCGGGGGCCGUGCUGGCCAAAACCAAAUGCGAGAGGCGCUUUAUGGCCCCCGGAGUGCGCAGGAUCCAACUGCGGGAGGGGGCGGUGAGGGGCAGCUUGUUUCUACCCCCAGGGGAGGGCUCCUUUCCUGGUGUGAUUGACAUGUUUGGGGACGAUGGUGGCCUGGUCGAGUACCGUUCCAGCCUGCUAGCCAGCCGUGGCAUCGCCUCUUUGGCUCUGCCAUACUUUGCCUUUGAAGACCUUCCACCUGCAAUGACUGAAUUCCACCUGGAGUAUUUUGAGGAAGCUGCAAACUUUCUCUCCCGACAUCCAAAAAUUCGAGGGUCUGGCGUCGGUGUAAUCGGUACUGGUAAAGGAGCAGAUCUGGCUCUCUCCAUGAUCACCUAUCUACCCCAGGUAGUUGCAGCAGUUAGCAUAUCCGGUUGCUGUUCCAAUACAGCCGCCCCUCUGAGCUACAAAGAUGUCACCAUCCCAGCCUUGUCCUACAACAUGAGCCGGGUCCAGAUCUCUGAAACGGCAGUGUUUGAUGUCUCGGAAGCGCUCGAUGAUCCACUGGAUCCGGCCAACCGUCAGUGCCUCAUCCCAGUAGAGAAAGCCCAAGGUUCCUUUCUGUUUAUUGUGGGAGAGGAUGAUCUGAACUGGAAGAGUCCUGUCUAUGCCAAGGCUGCCGUGUCUUGCUUGCAGGAACAUGGGAAGAGUAACUAUACCCUGCUCUCUUACCCAGGAGCCGGGCAUCAGAUUGACCCACCGUCCAGUCCUUUCUGCCCAGUUUCUAUGGAUAGAGUUUUGGGAGUACCUAUUUUAAAAGGUGGAGAACUUAAAGCUCACUGCCAAGCUCAGGAAGACUCCUGGCGGAAAAUUCAAGACUUUUUUCAUGCGCAUCUAAAACAGUAGGUUAAAGGGGUUCUCUGAGACUUUUUAACUAGUGACCUAUCCUCUGGAUAGAUCAUCAAUUUCUGAUCAACACCUGGGACCUCGCCGAUCAGCUUUCUGAGAAAGCAACGGUGCUGCCAAGCACAGCGCCGUACAUUGUAUAGUGGUUGUGCUUGGUAUUGCAGCUCAACCCCAUUCACUUCAAUGGGGCCGAGCUGCGCCUAGGCCAUGUGACCUGAUGAACAUGAUGUCACAUGGCCUAGGGAAAGUUACAGGAACGCCGGUGCCUUGUCAGACAGCUGAUCGUUGGGGAUCCCAGGUGUCAGACUCCCAUGGAUCAGAUACUGAUGAGCUAUCCAGAGGUGACGGAAAACCCCUUUAACUAAACCAAGAUGUCUGGCUCUGUACUUAAAGGGUCACUGAACUUUACAAGACUUUUGAUAUGUCAUAGCAACAAAUCAAAGGCUUUUAUUAGCGGGGAUCUAAAUGCUGAUCACUAGCAGGAGGGCAGAGAAGCGCUUGCAUAGUGCUCGCUUCUGGCGAUGGAAUCGUUACGUGCCCAUAGACUUCUAUAGAGCCGAUCUCCUGCAGCGAGGAGAGGAUAUAAUAUGUGACCGCUUCUCUCUCCUUGUUCUAGCAGUUUGUGAGGUCUCAGCACCCAGACCACCAAUGAUCAAAACCUUUCACGUGUCGCUGUGACAUAUCAAAAGUUUUUUGAAAGUUCAGUGACCUUUUAAAGGGAAGCUCCUCUGUGAGGGCGCGCAGUGCCAUUAUUCAGGAUUUACCCUUACACUUUGAUUGUAAAUACAACCACUGUAUGUUGAAGAUUAUUUUUGUGUGUUGUCAGUGUGACCCAUUUAGGGUAAUUUUUUUUGCCACCGUUCUUCUCCAUUGUCAUCCACGAAUGUUUUUUCAAAAGCAGAUAGGGGUAACAGUGGAAAGGAAAAUGGUAAAACCAAAAAAAGGUGUCUUGUUAAAUACUGUAUUUAUAUGAUUUUAAUUCUUUAUUUUGAUUGAUCAUGAAAUUAAAAAAGAAUUAUAAAAAAAAAAAAAGUUAAUCACAGGGCAAGUUCCAGGACAUACACUACAGAUAUCAAAUUAUCUAAGUAAAUUGGUCUUUAGAGCAGAGGUGCAAAAUGACGCAGCCAGCUCUACAUCGUUCCUUCAGCGGAUGAUAUAGUAGUAUUACUUGUGGCCAUUCAGAUGAGUGCCCAUCUGUGCGCCAAAUUCAUAAGUCUCCCCUGAUAUGUUUUAUGCUUCAGACCCUCCACCGUUUUUGUAGGCCACUUUUGCAUUCCGUUCCCCCUUCCCCCCCGAAUAUCCACCCUUGUGUCAUCAGCAAACACGCAAACCUUCUCCUAUGUCAUCUACCAAAUAUUAUAAAGGACCUACGACAGACCACUUGAGGUCCACCACUUGUAACUUGUCUAUCUUCAGAAUGCACACCGUUAACAAUAACCCCCUGGUAUCGAUUCAUCAGCCGACUGCAAAUCCACUGAACUAUCCAGAGAUGAAGUCCAACCUUCAAUAAUUUAUCUAUCAGCUCCUCACGUGGCAUUGUAUCAAAGGCUUUUCUGAAGUCCUGCUAGGCAAUAUCCACUGAUCCACCUUUAUCCAACACUUUUGUGACUUAUUAAAAAAAAAAUCGUUAAGAUUAGUUUGACAUGAUCUUCCCUCGGUGAAGCCGAAAGCUGUUUUGGAGCCAACAGGUUGCUGGUUUUUAGGUGGUCAACCAUCCUCUUUUUCAGGAGGGUUUCCGUUAUUUCUUUAGUGCUACUGGUGUCUGUAGUUUCCAGCUCUGUAUGUUUUUUCUGUUAACAAACGUAUCCGCUUGACCUACAGCAAAAACGAGACGUGAACAGCCCCCAAGUAAGUAUGCUUCCCUCCGUAGGUCUGGCCAUGGGAAGGGGAGGGGAGUCUGCCUUGAAGGCCUUCAAAGAUAGAAAACACCUUUAAGGGGUUAAUGCCUCAUGCACAGGGCAGGCAUCGUACUUCUGGAAGGGCUUCUAUCUGAGACUAUCUCUGUAGUGUGGCGUCUGAUCGGUUUCCAUGUUAAUUGUGUCCUGUCCAUACCGUGAACUUUUCCUACAUUUAGUGAAUGCUUGAAGAAUCUUAUUUUAAAAGCAGAAAUAUUUGACGGCUGUAACUGAUUUAACAUGAAAAAUAAAUCUAUUUUUGAA